AUGGGGGCGUUGCACGACGGCCACCUGUCGUUGAUCAGACAUGCCUUACAGGAGAACAAUGAGGUGUUCGUUUCCAUCUUUGUCAACCCGACACAAUUCGCCGUCCAUGAAGAUCUGGACGCCUACCCCAGGACCUGGGAGGAGGACAUGAGGAAGCUGCAACAAGUACAAGAAGAACAUGCCGCUUCGACGGGUCCCAACAAAGACUCGGUCAUUCGAGGCGUGUUUGCUCCCACCGUCAAGGUCAUGUACCCGACUCUACCACCCACCUCCGACAUUGCAGGCGACGGCUCCUUUGUCACCAUUACGCCGUUGGGUUCGCAAUUGGAGGGCGCAUCUCGGCCCAUAUUCUUCCGAGGCGUGGCGACUGUAUGCAUGAAGCUGUUCAACAUUAUUCAACCCAACCGUGUCUACUUCGGCCAGAAGGAUAUCCAGCAAUGUGUUGUGAUCAAGCGGAUGGUCAAAGACUUCCACAUUCCCACGGAAGUGCGGGUUAUUCCGACUACGCGAGAGUCCGACGGGCUGGCGAUGAGUAGUCGAAACGUUUACCUGGGGGAGAGACGGAGGAAAGAUGCUGUCGUACUUUCCAAAGCUCUAUUUGCCGCUCGGGAUCUGUACAACUCCGGCGAAUUACUGGGGAAGCACAUUAGGCAAGCUGCCUAUGACAUUUUUAGCGAGGAAGCAUUGGCCAAAAGGAAAGAUGGUAAGCUGGGUGGAAGCGGCCGAAUUGAGAUCGAUUAUAUUGCAUUGAGCGACCCGGACGACAUGAGGAUGAUUAAAGAUUUUCAGAAAGUCGACCCCGGCCGUGGCGCGAUUUUGAGUGCUGCCAUCAUCGUCUGGCCCGUCGAUUCGCCUAAAGGCGACGAUGAACUGGACCAGCGCAGCGUGAGACUUAUCGACAACGUCAUUCUUGAACCAUUAAAAAAAAGUUUCCAAUGA